AGGUAUCCAGCCCAUGAAACCAGGUGUAUGUCUGACUGUAAAGUCUGAAAAAGUUUGGUCGGAAGCAGUCCGAGUUGACCCCGCGCCACACCACUGACCUGGACGCAGUAGUUCAUUAACUCCUGCAGGUAACAGCGCGGAAGAGUUCAGGCAGGGCUUCAAACUUGUCGAUUAUCUGGUCGAGCAUGGCACAGUGAAACCCGGGAUCCGUUUCCAUCCAUCCCAAGAAAAAAACUUGUUUCAUUUUGGAGAUGGACUCCUGCAUCCUCAAGGUUUCUGUUAACUUUCAUCUGGCGUUUAUUGGUGUCGUGUUUUCUCUUGCACCACUAGUUGGUGUAUGUUUUUUUUUUCUUUCUUACAUCCAUUUAUAGGCUCUGUUGUGUUCUAGUUUUCCGGAUGGAUUGACUCUCUCAAAAAAAAAAUCUCCAAAUGCAUGAAUGAGUGAAUGGAUGGAGGGAAACAGAUAGAUAGAGAGAGAGAGAAGACAAAAAAGAGAGAAGAGUAGAGAAUAUGAAAAUGAAAAGGAGGAGCAGGGUUUGAGCAAACUCUGCCUGCAUUAGUGUCUCUUUGACUGAGCUACUUCCUGAAGGAGCUUUAGCGCAGAGAGAGAGAGAGAGAGAGAGAGAGAGAGAGAGAGACCGACAGUCCGUCUAUCUAUCCAGCUGCCCCUUCCUCUGCAGAAGCGCGCAGGCACACACAUAGACAAAGCGCAAAAUCUCUCUCUCACACACACACACGCGCGCGCGCACACACACACGCGCGUGCACGUGCACGACGAGAGAGAAAAUAGAGAGAGUGAGAGAGAGAAAGAAAGACGUUGGGGAAACUGGUCCCAUGCACGGUUUGCAGGCUUGCCGGACCUUCUACUGUAGUAGUCAAUGUGCGUGUGCGUCCGGCUUCUGCUCACCUGCCUCCUCCUCCACCUCCACCUCCACCUCCUCCUCGCCCGGGACAGGAAUAACGGGAUACCGGGAGCUCUAACCACACAGAGGCAGGUUUGAGCCCCCACAAUGCACGGGGCCAGCAGUGAUUGCAGUGGAGAAGCAGCGGUGGGCGCACACACAACGAAGAUUGGAUUACAACAACAGUGAUUUUAUUCGCAAGCUGCUGCUGCUGCUGCUGCUGCUGCUGCUGCGCGCCUGUGAAGUCCGAAAAAAAAAAAUACCGGGGGGAUUUCAUUCAGUUUUGUUUUUUUUGUUUUUUUUUUGGACACGGUGGGAAUAAUUCAUCGCCAGAGAUCCGGUGAUUUUUUUUUUCUUUUCUUUUUCUCCUUGUGUUGUGCAGUGUUUGUGAGUGUGAUCACCAUCGCAGGGGCUGCAUGGUUUCUCAGAGGAGAGAGGGGACUGUUGCAAUGUCAUCUCGCACCACUGUUUUGGAGCUCUGUGGAAGGGAGAUGCUGGGAUGAAGUGGUUUGGCAGUAUGUCCCUCAGCAACAAAAGGAGUAAGAGGAGGGGUAGAAGGAGCAGCAGUUGUAGCAGUAGCACUGGUAGUAAUAGUGUGCUGCUAUCCCUGGCUCUGCUGGUGGCGGUGACCCUGAUUGCAGACCCCGUGGCGGCUCAAAAGCAGCGAACUGGCAGCGCCUCGGAAAAAGUGCCGGUCCUGAACAUUGCGGUGAUCCUGGGACGCACACGCUACAUCUCGGACCGGGACAUCCGAGCGCUGUGGAGCAAGGAGGACCCCAUCGACGUCAAUGUGGUCACACUGCUGGUCAACGAGACCGACCCCAAAAGCAUCAUCACCCACAUGUGCGACCUGAUGUCCGGGACUAAGAUCCAUGGCGUGGUGUUUGGGGAUGGCACUGACCAGGAGGCCAUCGCCCAGAUUUUGGAUUUUAUUUCCUCGCAGACGCUGAUACCCAUCCUGGGCAUCCAUGGAGGGUCAUCCAUGAUCAUGGCUGAUAAGGAUGUGAAGUCGACGUUCUUCCAGUUCGGUGCCUCCAUCCAGCAGGAGGCUCUGCUGAUGCUAAACAUCAUGGAGGAGUACGACUGGCACAUCUUCUCCAUCGUCACCUCCAAGUUCCCUGGCUACCAGGAGUUUAUCAACAUCCUGAAAACUACCGUGGACAAUAGUUUUGUGGGCUGGGACCUGCAGAAUAUCAUCAUUCUGGACGCAGUGGAGGAAGACAGCCGGUCUCAGAUCAUGCUCAAGAAGGUCCAGUCCCCAGUGGUCCUGCUCUACUGCUCCAAGGAUGAGGCGGUCUACGUCCUGGAGGAGGCUCGCUCUCUGGGCCUCACCGGAUUUGGAUACAUCUGGAUUGUGCCGUCGCUCACCACUGGGAACCCGGAAAUAACACCUGACGAGUUUCCACCGGGAAUGAUUUCAGUCUCGUACGACGAUUGGGACUACCCGUUGGAGGCGCGAGUUCGAGAUGGUCUGGGGAUCAUAACGUCAGCAGCGGCAGCCAUGUUGGACGAGUAUGGUGACAUCCCUGAAGCCAAGACUUCCUGUUACGGCCAGAUGGAGAAGACAACCAAACUACCACCCAGUGCUCUACAUAAGUACAUGAUGAAUGUGACAUGGGAUGGCAGAGACUUGUCAUUCACAGAAGACGGCUAUCAGGAAAACCCAAAGCUGGUGGUCAUUGUUCUCAACAAGGACAGAGAGUGGGAGAAGAUGGGAAAACUGGACAACCGCAGCCUGACACUGAAGUAUCCAGUGUGGCCGCGCUUCAACUCCUUCGGUGACGCUGAGCUGGACGACAACCACCUGUCCAUUGUCACUUUAGAGGAGAAACCUUUUGUCAUCGUGGAGGACGUGGAGAGGCUCACCGGUACCUGCAUGAGGAACUCUGUGCCCUGCAGGAAGCAUAUCAAAGACAACACAACAGAGGCUGGUGGGACAUACAUCAAGAAGUGCUGCAAAGGCUUCUGCAUUGAUAUUCUGAAGAAGAUUGCAAAGUAUGUGAAGUUCACCUAUGACCUGUACCUGGUAACCAAUGGCAAGCAUGGCAAGAAGAUCAACAACGUCUGGAAUGGGAUGGUGGGAGAGGUGGUCUAUAAGAAAGCCGUCAUGGCCGUCGGAUCUCUGACGAUCAAUGAGGAGCGUUCUGAGGUCAUCGAUUUCUCCGUCCCGUUCGUGGAAACCGGGAUCAGCGUCAUGGUCUCCCGUAGCAACGGAACCGUCUCCCCGUCAGCCUUUCUCGAGCCAUUCAGUGCAUCAGUGUGGGUGAUGAUGUUUGUGAUGCUCCUACUGGUGACUGCAAUGGCUGUCUUCAUGUUUGAGUACAUCAGUCCUCUUGGCUUUAACAGAAACCUGGCGCAGGGAAAAGACCCCCAUGGCCCUUCCUUCACCAUGGGCAAGGCCGUGUGGCUGCUGUGGGGUCUGGUCUUCAACAACUCCGUGCCGGUGCAAAACCCAAAAGGAACCACCAGUAAGUUCAUAGUGUCUGUGUGGGCCUUCUUCGCUGUCAUCUUCCUGGCCUCCUACACUGCCAACUUGGCCGCCUUCAUGAUCCAGGAGGAAUUCGUCGACCAAGUCACCGGUCUCUCUGACAACAAGUUUCAGAACCCGUACGCGUACUCGCCUCCAUUCCGCUUCGGGACGGUUCCAAACGGAUCCACCGAGAGGAACAUCAGGAAGAACUACCCCGCCAUGCACCAGUACAUGGUGAAGUAUCAUCAAACUGGAGUCCAGGACGCACUUGUCAGCCUUAAAACGGGCAAACUGGAUGCCUUCAUCUAUGACGCUGCAGUGUUGAACUACAUGGCUGGCAGGGAUGAGGGAUGUAAGCUGGUGACCAUUGGCAGCGGGUACAUCUUUGCGACCACCGGUUAUGGCAUCGCUCUACAGAAAGGCUCCUACUGGAAACGGCAAGUGGAUCUGGCCAUCCUGGCCAUCAUCGGAGAUGGUGAAAUGGAGGAACUCGAAGCCCAGUGGCUGACAGGAAUUUGCCACAAUGAGAAGAACGAAGUGAUGUCCAGUCAGCUGGAUGUGGACAACAUGGCCGGGGUCUUCUACAUGCUGGCCACUGCUAUGGGACUCUCCCUUAUCACCUUUGUGUCUGAGCAUCUCUUCUACUGGAGGCUUAGAUACUGCUUCACCGGAGUCUGCACCGGCAAACCGGGUCUUCUUUUCUCCAUCAGUCGGGGUAUCUGGAGUUGCAUCCACGGAGUUCAUAUUGACAUGAAGAAAAAGACAGAUCUGGACUUUAGCCCCCAAGACAAAAUGCUUAAGCUUAUUAAGUCAGCCAAACAGAUGACCAACAUGUCUAACCUGAGUGGCUCCCGCAUGAACUCACCUAAACGAGAGUUCAUGCACUCAGCUGGGCCCAUGAUCAUGGACAUGAUGGCAGAGAAGGGCAACUUCAUCUAUGCUGACAACCGAAGCUAUGCCCCCAAAGAUAUGAUCUAUGGGGACACCGGUGACCUGCAGUCUUAUCUUGCUAACCGCCACAAAGACCACCUUAACAACUACAUCUUCCAAGGAGGCCAGCAUCCCCUGACCCUGAAUGAUGCUAAUCCCAACACAGUAGAGGUGGCUGUGAAUGCUGACGCCGUCCAGACCAAUGCUAAGCCACCCCGUACCCUGUGGAAGAAGUCUGUGGACACACUUCGUUCUGCGCCACCUGGGCCCCCUCCAAUGCCUGACAUGCUGAUGCCAGACCCACGAAUGUCGAUGAAGACACAGCGCUACCUCCCUGAGGACGCAGCCCACUCUGACAUCUCCGACUGUUCCAGCAGGGCGGCCUCUUACAAGGACCCAGAAAACAACAAGCACCUGAAGCCCAAGGACAACUUAAAAAAAAGAUCGGUGACGUCAAAAUACCCUAGGGAUUGCAGUGAGGUGGAGCUGUCCUACUUAAAAACUAAGCAGGUCAGCGGCGGAACCAACCAAACCGGGAGAGGAGGAGGAGGAGGAGAGAAAAUCUACACCAUCGACUCAGACCGAGAAAUGAGCCUACACUCAGACCCCAUUCACUACCGCGAAAGUCGUGGCCUUGCUGCCGAUGAUUUGGAUUAUCCCGAAAUCUAUUCCGACCACAGCGACAACUAUAGGAAGUGUGAGCAGCCCAUCAUUCAUCUGAACUCCUCGCCUUUGCAUCACACCGACUCAGAUCUUCUACCAGACCCAGCUUACUCUAAACACUACAGUCUGAAAGAGAAAAACCUUUCCCUGUCCCCACAUGAAACCCUUGAUCGCUACAAACAGACACACUGUCGUUCCUGCUUGUCCAAAGUGACCGCUAGCUACCCACCAGGGGGGCCGUACACCCCUACUGUAGCUGCCUCAGCUUCUGCAACGCGCUCACCCUAUAAUCGGUGUGAAGCAUGCCUCCAUACAGCCAACCUGUAUGACAUUACUGAGGACCAGCUCCUCACAGACCCGUUGGUCAGUCCCACCUUGCAUCACCAACAGCAGCAGCAACCAGACGAAAUGUUUGGUCUGUACUGGCCGCAGACGGAUGGGCCGCAUGUCCAAAAGAGAAACCGCUUGAGGCUGAGUCGUCAGCACUCCUUUGACAACAUCAUGCUAGAAAAGCCCAAGGAUGUAGACCUGGGCCGACCGGCGCGCAGCGUCAGCCUCAAGGAGAAGGAUCGCUUCCUGGACUCCACAUCUGAUUCGCACUAUGCGAACCUCUUCGGCAUGCGUCCCUACUCCGGCAGACUGUUUGGUACUGGCUCCAAAUCAAUGCUGUUUAACCACAACCUGGAGGAGAGUAAGAGGAGCAAGUCCCUGUACCCGGCCCAUGGCUCGGAAAACCCUUUCCUCAGCCACUCGCUGAGGGAUGACACCAGCAGCAGACUGGUCCAUGGGCGUAGCUCCUCUGAUAUUUACAAACAGCUUGCGGUAGCCUCACCUGCGGCGGUCCUUGGAGCGCCCCCCAUCAAAACACGUAACGAUGCGAACAAUCUCCGCUCAUCUGUUAAAUCCACCACUUCAUACUGCUCACGGGACGGGCGGAUAGCGAAUGACAUGUACAAUAAAGAGCAUGUGAUGCCUUACUCAGCCAAUAAGACUAGUGCAUACCCGGCCCCACGUGGCGUCCUAAACUCAGCCCAGUUCAGCAAUAGACGGGUGUAUAAAAAAAUCCCCAGUCUGGAGUCAGAUGUUUAGUUGAUAUAAGAAAUGAUGUGUUCUCUCCUCUUUACUCCUCUCUGGGUUUGUAUUAUAAUUUAUCAACUAUGUUAUCCACCAAGGGAUGCCAUAGCCACACUACGCUUUUCUUCUUCUCUUCGACAUUGUAAUCCAAAAGAACUCGUGCCCACUUGGGUAUGACGGUACUACUACUACUACUCUCUUUGCAGAUGAUAUCAUCAUUUUUGUCCAUUCUCUGCCAUGUACCAAUGAGUUGGCUGCAUGGUUGGUAAGUUGCCACAAGGUACCUGGUGUAAAGGGGAGGGGAAUCAUGACCUCCCCUAGGUUAAGGGGUAGGAAAUGGCAUAAUCCCAUAAUUAGUGGGACAGAGAAGGCCUAAGUUAAGUAAAGCGGGACUCAGGCAUCGUCGAGAAAGUUGAUUCGUGAUUGAAAUGUGUGAGGAAGUGGUGAGGAAAAUGAAAGACAUUGUAUGAGAAAGGAAUAAGAGGGGGAGAGACAGGAGAUAAACCUCCCUUUCAACCCCUCCUCCUUCUCCUCUUUUUCCUUUCUACCUCCACUGUCAAGCUUGGGGCUCGCUAGUUGAGGAGAACAGGCCCGACAGGGAGACCAGAUGGGCACGUUUGAUGUCGCGGCCAGACAUGGAGGCAUCCCAGGAGGGCAGAGGCGUCACAGUAAGCUAGUCCAACGGUCUGCUGCUUGUUACUCUGACAAAUAUGGCCACCGAGACACCUGGCAGUGCGAGAGGAGAGAGAGGGAGAAGGGAGACGAGUGACUAAAUAGCACAGAGCGGAGCCUCCAGGAGUUUCUGGCAGUUACGUAACGGUAUGCUCGGUCAAAAUUUGGUAGGGACAUAAUAAUGAUGAAAAGCUGAGAGUAAUGUAGGUGCUAUCAAUGAAUAAUGUUUACAGACUGACAGAUUUAAAAAAAUAACUGACAAAAUGACUGAUGGAAAAGGGCAGAAAAGCAGGGAAAACCUUAGGCAAUUGAUGGGCAUUCCAUUUGUGACGCUGCACAUAGAAAAAUAAUUGCAAAGUAUUGCUUUUUUAUUCUAUUAAACUAUAAGAUUUAUUAGGGAUUCUGGCAUCCGGAUCCCCCUAUGUAGGAUUUUAGUGUUUGCUUAUUUGGUAGCACAAUAGCCAUUAGUUUUAAAACCUCUCUCCCACAUUUGCUUUUGAAAAAGCUUAGCUUUCUGAAAAAUACCAUCAAGAGUAGUAGAUUAUUUUGCAUGUGUUGAUUUCUUUCAGUGUCGGAGAAGACAAAAUACACACAAAUACACUCUCAGACACAUAUUUUACACGUUUGUUCGGAAAAAAAGGGACUAUGUCUUGCCAGAUAUGGUGGAUGGAUACUUGUACAAUCGAAACCUUUAUCCUUGACCUUUGUGCUUAGUAAAUCAGUGUCAUGCUGUGCCCCCCUCCACCCCCACCCCCCACCGCUGCAAAAGAGCAAGAGAAUGGUGGAAGGGAAGAGAGAAAAGAGGAGAUAAACAAGGGAGAAAAGGAUGAAAUGGCAACUGUGUCCACCACCGCCUUGUCUGAUUCGGGGAGGAGCUGGGCACUGAUGUGUUUUUGUCUUUUGACCUCCUUGCCACUGAGAAACAGGGUAUUAGCUAUAUAAAAAAAAAAACACUGAAGAUUCCUUCCUUCUUUCCUCCUUCCUUCUUCCCUUCCUCGAUCAACAUGACACAUCACUAGAGUGUUGGAUAACUAUAGAAAGUACUUCACUUGAUUUCUUUUGGUUUUUGUAAAAUUGAACUUUGGUUGGUUGGUACAGCAGUAGCAGUGUCUAACCACUGCGACUGGGAAUUGGGUUAGCAAUUGUUCGUCAUCAGUUACUGUCGAUCCAUUAUCAACCAGGGCUCUUGAGGAUCUGAAGACUACUUGAGAUGGAUCCCCUUGUUUACCUUCAUAGAGCUGUUUGGGCGGGAUGUGGGAUGGGGUGGGCGGGUCAAGAUGGAGAUGGUUGGAGUUGAAGAACACUGUUAUGUACUCAUCAAUCAUGUAUCCAUGUUAGUGUGAAGUAAGUUGUGUGUGUGCAUGGCAGAACUUGGGUAAGCUUGAAGUCUUAACCAGAACAUUCGGUUCCUGAUCUGAUUGUUUAUGCAUCUGUUUAUUUAUUGGUUUUGUUUUUGUUUGUUUUUUUGAUAACACUUAGCAGUAAAGAGUUGCACAUGCACAUACUUCAAUGUUCACGCGUGCCCACAAAAACACUUUUUAUUUUGUAGCAUUAUCCUGUACAAAUUGUACAGUCUAAAAAAAAACAGACACACACACAAAAAAACAUGUAUCCAUCUUUACUGACUGAUUGAUUUACUUGAUUGAUUGGAUUUACAAAGCCAAAUUGUAUCAAAUAAAAAUACCUCAGGAUGAUUCUGUGCGUUUUGGGGGUUAGGAGCUUCAAACGUAGCAACAGAACACGACGCCGCACAGAUUCUUUUGUAGAAAAAAAGAAAAAGAAAAAGAUAAAAAA